AAAUCUCCUGGCCGCAAACUCGGCUCCUUCUUCGGCUGGAAGUCAUCGUCUCCCAACCUCGAUCCACACUCACCGGCGACAUCCUUCUCCGACGUGUCCGCCUCACCUGCCCACUCUCGUAACACCAGUCACAUCGAUGCUACACCCACAAAUAUGGGCCUCACACCACCAGCACUCGAUUUCCACAGCCACCACCGUGAUGGCUCUCAGCCCCAAUACUUCGACCUCUCCCAUGCCCACACCAUGUCCGGCUCGUCGACCAUCAACGCCCAUGUAGAGGAGCUGGAACGCGAGCUCAAGCAAGUGAGUUCCGAACUUGCUGGUUCCAUCCGUCGUGAAAUGGAACUUGAGGAUGAGAUCGAUCGUUUCCGCAGCGAGAUGCCUGCUGGCACAAGCGACAUUGGUCGAAGAACAAGCGACUACUUCUCGGAUUCUGGUACCAGCUCUUUGAGAUACCCCACUGUCGAUAGCGAAGCCAAGAUUGACGAACUGGAACGUCUCAAGAGGAAGGCAGAGCAAGAGAAGGCGCAGAUGCAAGUCGACUAUGCUCAAAAGCUGUCCGACGAGCUGAAGUUGAGAAAGAGCUUGGAGACACAAGUACAACAGCUCGAAGAGCAGCUGCACCACACCAAGGAUGGCGCACCUGUCGAGACGGGCCCCAAAGACGAACGCGUACGCGAGCUCGAGGUCUUCCUUGAUGAAACCCGCCGCCGCUUGAGUCAAGAGCGCCAAUCAAAAGACAACUUUGAGGACCUUUUCGCAGCCCUCAAGGACGAAAGCGAAAAGCAUCGCAACGAGCGCGACAACCUUCGCGAUGAAGUUGUUCCAGAGCUCAAAGCCAGAGUCGAAGGUCUCGAAUCCGAAGCUGCUGAGAUGCAAUCACUUCGUUACGAGAAUGCCGGCAUGCAACAACAGCUCCAAGCCCUUCGUGCCGAAGUUCAAAUGCUGCAAGAAGCACAAGACAGAGAUUCUGGAUUCAACGACGAUGUCUUCGCACCACCGCGAUUCCCCAAAGCAGGCUUGUCACGAUCGAACUCGUUGGCCAGGCCCUCUAGUAACGGCAACCUCCGACGAAGCAACUCUUUGGCAAGAUCCGGCUCGGUCAGAGAGCGCAGUGAGACUCGCCAAAGAUCCGAUUCGACUUCUGGCGAUCGCCACAAGGAUAUCGAGGAUCAACGCGACGCGCUACACCAGGCUCUCAAGAAUCUUCUGCGCAGAUAUGAAAGUGAGAAGCGCGAGCACGCAAAGACUAUGCGCAAGCUCGCCACUGAUCGGGAUCGUGCUAGGCAGGAAACCACCGGCAGAACUCCCUUCACGCGCGAAGUAAACCUUGUUCGUUACGAGAUUGGUGAGCUUAGAAAGCGUGCCGACGAUGCUCUCGAGCAAAAGUGGCAGUGCGAAAGCAACAUCGGUGGUGUCAAGAUGGCCCUCGACAGAGCGCAGCAAGAGACCCAGUCUAUGCGUGAAUACCUCAACGGUCGAGCCGUAAGCGGAUCAUCUCGCAAGUCCACCUUUGAGGGACUCGGCAUUGAGAUUGCUGACGAGAACGUCGAGCUCGGCGAAGAAGAUCGCAAGACCAUGAUCAAGGUUCUCAGACAAAGCAUCGCUCUGGCCGAGACAGAACGCGAUGCUGCUCUUCGUGAGGCAGAAGAGUACCGCCAGAAGGCGUACCUGCUUCAACAAUCCGAGGACGAGCAUAUCGAUACACAGAACGACCUUGCGGAUCAGUUGCUCGAAGCCGCAACCCGCAUGGAGCAAUUGGCAUCUCAGGUCCAGGAACACCUGCAAGCCAACAUGCAACUGCGUGAACGUCUCAGUCACGCGGUCGGAAAAGGAGAACAAUCACAGAGCGAGUCCACUGCUCUUAUUGUGGGCAUGCAAUCUCGGCUUAAGUUGAUGGAGGAUAACGUGGUUGCCGCACAACAACUAUCAGAGUUGGCUCUGGUCAACCACGAAGAGGAAGCCAAGCAGAUCGACGAUGCCAAUAGCCCAAAGCUUCAGCGUCUUAACGUGGCCGGAAAGACAGCAGCAUCGUCCCUGCAAGCGUCACCUCUUUUCGGAGUCAAGAGUCCCAGAAUCGGCACGACCAGCGGGAGCAUGGCCGAGAAUCUCUUCGAAGCCAGCAAAACUGCCACGCUUGAACGCAGGGUCAAGGAACUCGAAGCAGCACUGGUGGAUGCAGAUUCGGAGAUGCAGUCGGUGGUACAGAGAAUCAACAGUUCUCAGUUCGAGAUCGCCGAACUACAGGGCGAAAGG